UUUGGCCAAUUAUAGAAAAAAGAAUAUUUCUAGGAAAUUUUAAAUAUUUCUCUCCUUCAUUAAGCAUGAGUGAGAUGUGGAAACUUUAUGUAUUUUUUUAUUCUACAUAUAUACGUACAUAACAUUAAAAUUUCAGUUCACGUAGUUUCAAGAACAGGUGGGGAUAGCAAUGGCCAUUUAAAGGAGCAAAAUUCCGGUCAGUUAACCCGGCAGUACUAUAUUCUAUGUGCAGGCACAUUUUAGCGAGGAUGGUGACGCUAUUAUAGUAUAUGUUACAGGUUUGUAUAUAUACAUGAUGUACUGCUGAAUCAAAUACUGAAAUGUAAAAAGAAAAACAUACACAAUGUUAAAAAUAUUAAAGGAAUAUAAAGUGACUAUCUUUUUGUUUCUUCCUAUUUCUUUCUUAUUUGCAAUUGAUGGAAGUGCAAUAUUGAAAGAAUUAGGAGAGAAACAGUACCAAAUGAUUAAAGCAAAAUCUUCCUUAUCGCAACAUGGGAUUUGUUGGCAGACUGUUAUCAAUGCAAUAAAAAUUAGUUGUGAUAAAUUAAACGAUCAAGAGCAUGUUCUUAUUGCUUUAAAAUUGACAAAUUGUUUUUUAGAAGACUCUGGACAUAAAACUUAUGAUUGUCAUCUUAUUGAUGUAGAAAAUCAACGCCGAAACUGCAUUAAUAAUAUGUCAGAUAGAGCAUUUAGUGUGUAUAAUGAAUUUUAUGUGCACACUACACACAUGUGUUUUUAUUUAAAUUAUGAAGCUUGGCGAGUUGAAACUGACAAUACCAUUAAACAAUUAUACCAAGUUUCUUCUCGGAUGAGGGAACAAUUGUUAGAAGCUUCAGAAAUACAAGGAAACAUGCUUGAAAGUCAAAAACAGAGUCUACAAAUGCAAAACAAGCUUUUAUCUCAUGGAAAAGAACUUGGUUCUGUAUUAAAGUCUUCUUCUGAAAGUGUUAACAACCUGGUUAGAGAUUUUAAAGAAUCAGCAAAAGAUCAAAGAGAAUUAUUGUUCCAAAUCUUUUCAUAUGUUCGCACAUUUCAAAAUUGGAUUGUUGGAGAAGUCUCUUGGUUUCAGUCCAUUAUAUAUUACACAAUCAGUUGUAUUCUGUCUGCAGUGUUUAGUUCUUCUAAGAGAACUGCGGAUGCUAGAAUCACUCUCUUCACAAUCCUAAGUUUAAACGUUAUUGUAGAACGAAUGUUAGUUCAAUAUUAUGAUAAUGUGUAUCAUUCCAUUGACAAUAAGCACAGCUUAGUGAGUACAACAUGGAUGUAUAGAAAAAUAGCUCUCACUCUUUGUGCUAUUACGUUAAUUUGUACAUAUUAUUAUUACAGAGAUGAACAAGUAGAAAAUUAUAAAGCGCUAAAACGCAUUGAACAUCAAUUAAGUACCAUACAAGAAACUACAUCUAUUUCUACAAAACAUCCAGUCCGUUAUUGUACACGACUAAGUGUCAAACGUUUGCAAGCACAGGCAAAUAGACAGACUAGUACAGAAGCUCUUUUGUAGUAUAAAUCAAAUUUAUUAUUGUUUAUUUUUAUUAUAUAUUAAUUAUUAUAAAUAUAAAUUAAUUAAUAUACGCGUAUUAUUUACAUUUAUUUACUAAUAUAUUAAUAUAUAAUAUCCAUUAUAAUAGCGAAAACAUGAAUUAUAUACAGGUGACAAUAAAAGUAUUUUUUAUAUAA